AUGUCAGAGAGAGGACCCGACCAGUGGUUCGAAGAUAUCAAGAAUUGUAAAGCAUUGCCGGAAAAUGACAUGAAACAAUUAUGCGAGAAGGUUAAAGACCUAUUGAUGGAAGAGUCCAACAUUCAACCUGUGAGAUCACCCGUUACUGUCUGUGGUGAUAUACAUGGUCAGUUUCACGAUCUUUUAGAAUUGUUUAAAAUUGCUGGAGGAUUCCCCACCCAAGCGGGCCUAAGCACUAACUAUAUCUUUCUGGGAGAUUAUGUGGAUAGGGGAUAUUUCUCGUUAGAAACUUUUACGCUGCUUAUGAUAUUAAAAGUCAAGUUUCCUCAACAUAUCACUUUGGUCAGAGGAAACCAUGAAUCAAGGCAAAUAACUCAAGUUUAUGGAUUUUAUGAAGAGUGCCUGAAUAAAUAUGGGUCUACAAUGGUCUGGAAAUAUUGCUGUCAGGUCUUCGAUUUCCUGACUCUUAGUGCAAUCAUUGAUGGUAAGAUCCUUUGUAUACAUGGAGGCCUGUCACCUGAAAUCAGAAUGCUUGAUCAAAUAAGAGUUUUGAGUAGAGCACAAGAGGUUCCUCAUGAGGGUGGUUUCUGUGACCUUGUUUGGUCUGAUCCAGAUAAUGUCGACACAUGGGCAAUUUCGCCGAGAGGUGCUGGAUGGCUUUUCGGUGCUAAAGUUGCAAGAGAAUUCAAUCAUAUCAAUAAUUUACAGCUAAUUGCGCGCGCUCAUCAACUUGUCAUGGAGGGAUUCAGAUAUCAUUUUCCUGACAAAGAUGUGGUCACCGUGUGGUCUGCCCCAAACUACUGUUAUCGAUGCGGCAAUGUUGCGAGCGUGAUGAAGGUUGAUGAUAGUUUGAACGUCAAUUUCCAGAUUUUCAGUGCCGUUCCCGAUGACACACUCAAGGUGAAUCCUUCGAAAAACCAAAAGAAUGGAAAUGAGUACUUUUUAUGA